UUUCUGCGAGCUGAAGACUCUUUCAUUUAUGGCUUAAAUGCCAUUUCACCAUGAAGACCCAUCUUGUGCUGGCCGUUGCGCUGUGCUUGUUCCCUCUUUUAUCGUUGGCAGAGGAUGAAACAAUAAGUUCCGCGAAUAUGUCAACCUUUGCCAUCGCCCUAAGAUUAUUGGACCCAAGGAAUAUAAUGUGCUUUAUAUCGUGGCUGAACAAACUCGUCAAGAAAGCGCCAGCAUUAACUCGAGAAGUGGUGGAUUGUAGCAUAGGACUCGCAGAUUUGGAGUAUAAAAUUCUGUCCGCCUUGGAAAAGCUUGUGACCAUAGCCGGUCAGAUUGUUUUCGCCUGUGCGGGCUUGGUCUUAAAUGCAGUUAUUGGUGGUAUCUCUUGUGUCAAAGGAGUUGCAACACAGGUCCUGGAUCUAGUUCCAGUCAUGAAAAGAUUCCAGGAAGCAAUAAGCGGUGGUGAACACGAAAAUGCGGUGCAAUGCGUAAAGGAAUCGUUCAAGAAAUUUUUCGAUGUCUCAAGUGUUUACGAAGUUGUCGAUGCCUGUAUCUUUCCCAACAAUUCGGCACCUUAAACAAGGGCUCUCCUAGCCAGUGAAAGGUUCUAUAAAGUAUAUACAUACUACUUGAAAGGUUAUAUAAAGUAUAUACAAAUAACUAU